AUGGCUAUAACCUGGAGUAGUUUCAAGGAGGUUUUCUUCGACAGGUACUUCCCUACUGCUACCAGAGAGGCUAAGGCAGAGGAGUUCGUGAAUCUGACGCAGGGAAACUUGAACGUACAGCAAUACAUGACCAAGUUUAUGGAGGUAUCCCGCUUCGCUCCAUACAUGAUCCUAGACGAGCUGAAGAAGGCCUGGAGGUUUGAAAAGGGUUUAAGACAAGGAAUACGUGCACAGGUGGUGGUGUUGUUAACUCAGAGUUUUUUUGAGUUGGUGGAUAAGGCCAUGGCAGUUGAGAUAGGGUCCUCAGACUAUGUUUAUCUUCUUUAUAAGAUGAACCCUGGUGGUAGCAACGCUUACGCCAAUGGUGAUGAUGGUACAGGCCCAUCUAGUGCAUAUGGUGGUGAUUCAAAUGCAAUUUUGCAUAGUGUGUCUCAGCAGGAUAUUGAGAAAAUAUUGACAGUGCUUCACUGUACCGAUGAACAGAGAGUUCUAUAUGCUGCAUAUAAGUUGACAGAAAGCUUUCGAUCAGUAACGAAGUUGAAGCAAAAAUCGCAAACAUUGCCUCUGGAACUCUCGCGGAUUAGAUAUGCUACGUCUGUCAGCGAGAGCCUCAAGGAGUGUAGCUCCUCACUGGCAACUCUUCUCACCCCAUCAUCAUCAUCUUCGUCUUCAUCUUCUUUUUCUCUCCCAAAGAAUAUUUUUACAACUCCAUCUUUCAAAACAAACACCCAAAGAUUACAACAGCAACAAGAAACAGCUAUUCCAGGUGAUUUCCUGAAAUGGGGUUCGCUUGGUUCCUGUAGAACCUCGAGGUUCGCCACUGGGUUCACGCCCUUGCAGCCGAAGCCCUUGGAUUCGAUCAUUGACAUUGAGAGGGCCAAGGACCGCUCGUCCGAAGACCUCACUUCUAUUUGGGAUGAUUAUCAUCUGGGAAGGGGUCAUAUUGGUGCAUCAAUGAAGGCAAAACUGUAUCAUUUGCUGGAGCUUAGAGCAGCACAGUGCCGGUAUUUUGUCAUUCCUUUAUGGAGAGGAAGCGGUUACACAACAAUGUUUACUCAAGUGCAGAUGCCACACAUGCUUUUCACAGGACUUGAAGAUUACAAAGCAAGAGGAACUCAAGCUGCCCCAUACUUGACGGUAUCUUAUUACCCAGAAUUUGCCAAAAGCAAAGACUUGGUGCUCAUUACAGGAGAUGUGGUGUUCACAAGCAAGCUUAGUGAUUCAGAGGCAAAAUGGCUAUUGGAGACUGCUCAGUCCUUUUAUUUGAAUGAUGCCAGGUACAAACUGGUUGAACGGUUCAACAAGCAGACGCAUGAAUUUGAGUUUAAGGAAGUUUUACAGGCUCUGGACAUGCCCAUCUUGUGAUUUUUGUCAAUUUAAACGAGAAGCGCUUCGGUUGGAUGACAAUAUGUGCUAGAUUGCUCGAAGAAAGAGAAUCACAGCAUCAAAGGUGCGAGGUCAUUGACAUGGGAAUUUCUUCUCACAUCUUUAUUUUAUUUUUAUUCUUUCCAAAUUUGUGUUUCGCUAAUUAUGGUUCUGUACACAAAUUUUGGUUCAUGCAUGUAGCUGAUGAGCAGCAGAUAAAUGGGAUUUCUUGGCUGGAUGCAAUCCUUUCCCAGCUUCCACAUUUUGGAUGAGAGCAUCAUUCAAUUAUUGGUCUGAGAACCUAAAGACUGCUGAUCUGGUUGUCAAAGUACAUUGCCAUAUACGGCCCAUGUCAGGCCAGAAUCAUCAUUAAAUGGGAUGUAUUUGUCUUUCUAUUGAAGGUUCACUUUGUUAGACUAUGCAUAAAAAGCAAGUCGGUCGCAAAUAUUUUGAUUUGCCAUUAUACUUCAAAGGUAAAAGAAUCAAGUUUGUUGUGAAAUCCCGCAAUCAGAUUAUGUAUAUAUAGAGUAAAAUGAAAAGAGGCAUCAAAAUAGAAGAAUAUAAUGACUUCAUGUAA